AUGUUUGAGUUGGUUUUAAUUUUGCUUUUUGGAGUUUCUCGUGCGUCGGACGCGGUGGCUCCUGUCCAGCUCGGACCCCCGUCUCUCGGGUUCAGCUCCUCGGUGCGCUCGGUGUGUAAACCCAUCCCGAGCACCUUGUCUCUGUGCCACGGGAUCGGCUACAGGCAAAUGCGCGUCCCCAACUUGCUCGGCCAUGAUACACUGAAGGAGGCCCAGCAGCAGUCGGCGGCCUGGCUCCCACUGAUCUCCAAGCUGUGCCACCGGGACACCAAGAAGUUCCUGUGCUCGUUGUUUGCCCCGGUGUGUUUACCGGAGCUCAGCGGGCCGGUUAGUCCCUGCAGGAGCCUGUGUGAGGCCGUGAGGGACGGCUGCGUGCCCGUGAUGAGCGCGUUUGGGUUCCCGUGGCCGGAAAUGUUCAAUUGCAGCCGGUUCCCGCGAGGUACCGAGCUCUGUAUCCCCGCCACCGGAGAGCACGAGGGGCGCACGGCGGAGGAGGUCAGGCACGAGGAGGCGCUGAAAGGGAGCGUUAUCUGUGAUGCCUGCAGUCUGGCUGCUGAGGGAGAGACCGACAUCCAGGACAACUUCUGCCGCAGUCCAUAUGCACUUAAGAUGCGUCUGGGCAGUGUGUCGACAGUGGGAGGGGACCGUCAGCUGGUGCCUGUGGCCCGAAGCCGCAUCCUGAGGUGGGCAGGGGGAGGUGCGGAGAGGGCAGAAGGGAUCGGAGGCGCAAUGGCCCACAGUGCUUUGUGGCUGCAGGAAGGAGGCACCUGUACGUGUCCCGGCUUGGAUUCUGUGGACCAGAACAGAGAUAGAGGGUUAGAGGAGGAACGGAUGCAUAAGAGACAAUUGAAAGGAGGAGGGAAGGAGGGGAACGGGGCGCAGGGUGGAUGGUACCUGGCUUUGGCUCAGGCUGAGGAGGGAAGGCUGGUGUUGACUCGGCUGGUGAGGUGGAGCAGAGGGGACAAAGAGCUGAAGAAGUUCAUCAGGGCUCUUCUUAAACAGCCCUGCACAGAGCUGUAG